AGUCCUUAUUUUCAGGCAGGGUUUGGUCUUAUGGGCGUCGGUGUUGGCCUGACUGCACUUCGUCAAGCCGUCGUGUUGUCCUCCAUCGCGCUUCGCCGACGGAUGCUGGUCUCUCUGGAGAUCAGUAACAAGGAUCCCGCGUACGACUGGUUCCUCACAUGGAUGUCGCAGCGUUCCGCGGAGACCGCUGGAGCGAAAACAAAAUUAUGGCAUCCGAGCUCAUGGACCCGAAGUCACCAGAUCAGCGUGCAGACGAUGCAUGAGCAGCGUAAGAAUGGCAGCUCGUCUGUCCUAUUUAAGCUGGUGGCUGGACCGGGGACACAUUGGUUGCGGUAUGGGCAGGCAUGGAUUCAGGUCAAACGUGAGCGCGAGACACGCUCGCAGCAACUCAUGUCCGGCAUACCUUGGGAGACCGUCACGCUUACCACUCUCUCGAGUGAUCGCGACAAGUUUCGUGGCCUACUAUCGGAGGCACGGGACAUGGCAUUGCGCGCACAGCAGGGCAAGCUGGUGAUACAUACUGCUUGGGGGACCGAAUGGCGUCCUUUCGGGCAGCCACGACGGAAGCGACCGUUGCACAGCGUUGUGCUGGCCGAAGGCGUCUCGGAUCGUAUUGAGGAAGAUGUCAAGGCAUUCCUGCAACGACGGCAGUGGUACGAGGACCGCGGCAUACCGUAUCGCCGCGGAUAUCUGCUCCACGGCCCACCCGGGUCAGGCAAGUCGUCGUUCAUACAGGCUCUGGCCGGCGCGCUGUCAUACGACAUAUGCCUGCUCAACCUGUCUGAGCGGGGACUUGCAGAUGACAAAUUGAUCCAUUUGCUUUCGAAUACGCCAGAGCGUAGCUUUGUGCUCAUCGAAGAUGUCGACGCCGCAUUUAACAAACGUGUGCAGACGACCGCAGACGGAUAUCAAUCCUCAGUGACCUUCUCUGGGUUCCUAAACGCCCUAGACGGAGUGGCGUCCGGCGAAGAGCGCAUUAUAUUCAUGACAACGAACCACCCUGAGCGGCUUGAUCCUGCAUUGAUCCGACCUGGGCGUGUCGACCUUGCUGUGCUGUUAGAUGACGCCACCCCAGAACAGGCGAAGAAGCUUUUCGUGCACUUCUACCGCGGAGCGGACGAUGCACCACCUGACGAACUGCUUGAGAGUUUAGGGAGAGAAGUGGAAGCCAUUGUCAAGUCUGAGUUGGGGACAGGUCGGAGGGUCAGCAUGGCGGCGCUUCAGGGUCUUUUCAUUCGCAGCAGCCCUGAGGAUGCGGUGCGAGGGGUUGUUGACUUAUGUGGUAACAGGUCAUCACCACCGUAGGGCCGCCCACACUCGACU